CCUCCCCUUCCUGGGUUUCCUUCACUCCCUUCCCGGUGGGUCUCGGGGCAUGAACAGCGAUGGCCGGCUGCAGCCCAGAAGAGAAAACUUACCGGCGCUUCCUGGAGCUAUUCCUGGGCGAGUUUCGUGGUCCUUGCGGCGGCGGCGAGCCAGAGCCUGAACCCGAGUCUGAGCCCGAACCUGAACUGGUAGCAGCUGAGGCGGCCGAAGCUUCGGUCGAGGAUCCCGGGGAGGAGUCGGCCACGGUAGCCGCAACGGAGGAGGGAGAACAGGAGCAAGACCCAGAGCCCGAAGAGGAGGCGGUUGAGGAGGAGGCGGAGGCGGUGGCGGCGGCUGAGGGCGAGGAGGAGGAGGAGGAGGCAGCCCCGGGGCACUCGGCCGUGCAACCGCCGCCGCAGCCCCAGCUGCCGCCGCUGCCCCCGCUCCCGCGACCGCUGUCGGAGCGCAUCACCCGUGAGGAGGUGGAGGGCGAGAGCCUGGACCUGUGCCUGCAGCAGCUCUACAAAUAUAAUUGCCCUUCAUUUUUGGCUGCUGCGUUAGCCAGAGCCACAUCAGAUGAAGUGCUUCAAAGUGAUCUUUCUGCACAUUAUAUCCCAAAGGAAACGGAUGGCACAGAAGGGAGUGUGGAGAUUGAGACAGUGAAAUUGGCCCGUUCUGUCUUCAGCAAACUACAUGAGAUUUGCUGCAGCUGGGUGAAAGACUUCCCUCUCCGCAGGAGACCCCAGCUUUACUAUGAAACAUCAAUCCAUGCCAUCAAAAACAUGCGCAGGAAAAUGGAGGACAAACAUGUCUGCAUUCCUGACUUUAAUAUGCUCUUCAACUUAGAGGAUCAGGAAGAACAAGCUUACUUUGCAGUGUUUGAUGGCCAUGGGGGAGUAGAUGCUGCCAUUUACGCUUCCAUUCACUUACAUGUUAAUUUAGUACGCCAAGAGGUAUUUCCCCAUGAUCCUGCUGAGGCUCUGUGCCGGGCCUUCCGGGUCACUGAUGAGCGGUUUGUGCAGAAGGCAGCUAGGGAGAGCUUAAGAUGUGGGACCACAGGAGUGGUGACUUUUAUCAGAGGCAACAUGCUACAUGUGGCCUGGGUGGGUGAUUCCCAGGUAAUGCUUGUGAGAAAGGGCCAAGCUGUUGAACUAAUGAAACCACACAAACCAGACAGAGAGGACGAAAAACAGCGAAUUGAGGCCCUUGGAGGUUGUGUAGUCUGGUUUGGUGCCUGGAGGGUGAAUGGAAGUCUGUCAGUCUCCAGAGCUAUAGGAGAUGCUGAACACAAGCCAUAUAUCUGUGGGGAUGCAGAUUCCGCCUCUACUGUUUUGGAUGGGACAGAAGACUACCUCAUUCUGGCCUGUGAUGGCUUCUAUGAUACUGUGAACCCUGAUGAGGCAGUGAAAGUUGUGUCUGACCACCUGAAAGAGAAUAAUGGAGACAGCAGUAUGGUUGCCCACAAAUUAGUGGCAUCAGCUCGGGAUGCUGGGUCAAGUGAUAACAUCACUGUUAUUGUGGUAUUCCUAAGGGACAUGAACAAAGCUGUAAAUGUUAGUGAGGAAUCAGAUUGGACAGAGAACUCUUUUCAAGGAGGGCAAGAAGAUGGUGGGGAUGAUAAGGAGAAUCAUGGAGAGUGCAAACGCCCUUGGCCUCAGCACCAGUGCUCAGCACCAGCCGAUCUAGGCUAUGAUGGGCGUGUGGAUUCAUUCACUGAUAGAACUAGCCUGAGCCCAGGGUCCCAAAUCAACGUGCUGGAAGACCCAGGCUACCUAGAUCUCACACAAAUAGAAGCAACCAAACCUCACAGUGCCCAGAUUUUGCCAUCAGUUGAGAUGUUUGGUCUUGGUGCACCAAAGCAAGCAAAUCUUAUUAAUGAGCUAAUAAUGAAGGAAAAAUCAGUUCGAUCAUCAUUGCCUGAACGGAAUGGUGCUGGAGAGUUUCCAGGGCAGCAGAUAUACAGAAUGGAGAGCUUGUCUCUUGUCUGUUCUGGGUUGGAAAAUGAACAGUUCAAAUACCUGGGAAAAAGAGUUUCUAGAUUGUAUCAUUUACGCCACUACUACUUCAAGAGGUGGCACGGAUUCAGGUUCAAUCCAAAGUUUUAUUCAUUUCUCUCUGCUCGAGAGCCUUCCCACAAAAUGGGCAUCAGCCUGUCCUCACUUACUCGAAGUGGGAAGAGAAAUAGGAUGUUAAGAAGUUAUGUGCCAUGGAGGGAAAAUAGUUGGAAAGGGUAUAGUGAAAAUACAAUGAGAAAGGUCAGAAAGAGUAAUGAUAUUCCAUAUGCAGAUCUUCUCUGGAGCUAUAAAAUAUAAUACGUUUUCUUUACAGUAGGCUAGCUAGCUAUCCCUCAAUUAAAAACAACACUAUCAGAGUAGAAACAAGGUAGACAUUUCUAAACACAUGUGCUUCAGUAUGAAUCCAUGGAUGGGUCAAUUCUUAAAUGUAAAUAGAUCUCUAGGAAACUCAAAUUACAGUGUUUUCAAUCUAAAAAAAAAGUAUUGGCGGUUUCACUAGCAAAAUUAUACAACUGGUCCCUGUGAUGUGUCUCUACACCUACAUAAAUCCCCUCUCCAGCACCCCUUCACGUCACUAGUGGAAACUUGAAAGUUAUUUCAGUCAGGAUAUAUUGAAAUAUAUAGUGUUGAAAUCUCAACUCAGUUGAAAUCUGGUCUGAUGUGCCUAAUCUACUUACAGAGAACAAUGAAGAACUAAAUUAGGAAACAUCCCUCAAGAUCCUGGGGACUAAGAAAGAUCCCCCCAACCUUUUUUUUUUUUGGCAGGUGAAAGGCUAAAAGCCAUAUGGGUUUUAACUG